AUUUCCCUGUCAUCUGUCAUCUAACCAUGGAAUUACGUGGUUUAACAUUAUUAGCGCUCUCUAAAAAUUUUAGCAAUACACGAUGCAAUCUAAAUUAUUUCCAGUGAUUGACUCACAGAUUUUAUCACUCUGCUGUAGAUAUUUAGUUCAGUGCCAUGUUAUUCUUAGGUUGGGCGCCGAAGUGCGAAGAAAUGAAGUGCAGUGAUACGAAAUAUUUACACACAAAAAUGAAGUUAGAAAGGUUUAGAACGGUGUUGAUAUUGUCUAGUGUGGUGUGUACGUUGGCUGUGGUCGUCUCUUUGCACAAGUUACUUACUUAUGAGGCAAAAUUCUCUAAGCCGUUCUUUCCAAUACCUAUUGGGUUGUAUGGUAACUACCUGGAGACGGUUUCCGAGGAUACGCCGCUGCCGUCGGCAAAGUCCAAGGACACCGUGCGAGAUGCAGAAGCUGUGGUGUCACUAGCAGCUGCUCUUGAGAUGAAGAAACAUGGGAAGGCUGACAAAGCUUUAAAACUCUUCCAACACGCGUUUGCACUGUCCCCUAAACACGCAGACGUUUUAAACCACUACGGGGAAUUCUUAGAAGACACAAAGAAAGAUGUAGUCAGAGCUGACCAACUCUACACAUUAGCUUUAAGUAAUUAUCCAGACCAUACGGGUGCUCUGAUGAACAGGCAACGCACAGCCAGCAUAGUUGAAAACUUAGACAGAGAAAUGUUAAGGAAAAUAGACGAAAAACGAGAUGCACUGUCAUCCAUACCAGAGAACAACUCUGCUUUGCGGAGAGCCAAGAAAGAGGCUUAUUUCCAACACAUUUACCACACAGUUGGUAUUGAAGGGAACACAAUGACAUUACAGCAAACAAGGAGUAUAUUGGAGACUAGAAUAGCCGUUUCUGGCAAAAGCAUAGAUGAGCAUAAUGAGAUUUUAGGUUUAGAUGCAGCUAUGAAGUAUAUUAAUUCAACAUUACUGUACCGCUUGAGGGAUAUCACUAUGGGGGACAUAAUGGAGAUCCAUAAGAGGGUUUUGGGGCAUGUGGACCCAGUGGAAGGAGGGCAGUUCAGGCGAACACAGGUUUAUGUCGGGGGACACAUCCCACCCGGGCCCUCUGAGAUACAGAGGCUGAUGCAGCAAUUUUUGGAGUGGCUGAACUCUGAAGAUGCAUUAGACUUACAUCCAGUGAGAUACGCAGCCCUAGCACACUACAAGCUGGUCCACAUCCACCCGUUCAUCGACGGCAACGGACGCACGUCACGGCUCCUCAUGAACCUGCUACUCAUGCAGGCCGGCUUCCCGCCUGUGAUCAUACCCAAGCAGCACCGGCAUCUCUACUACCAGCACCUGCAGACGGCCAACGAGGGCGACGUGCGGCCGUUCGUCAGAUUCAUAGCGCAAUGCACGGAGCGCACGCUGAACCUGUACCUGUGGGCGACGAGUGAGUUCUCGCAUAUGGUGCCAGCCAUCGGCGACCCGCACAUUCUGGCAGGAGAACUCGAGAUGGAAGACCCGCUGUAAUACACUUAUAUUUACUUUCAGAGCAUAAAUAGGAGUAAAUUGGAUACUUCCCAUCACUUUGGAUUUUUGACAAAUAGAAUUUUAUUGUUUUAUUGACAGUGGGAAGUGGCCAAUAAUUAUCUUGCUCGCGUGAAAUCUUUAGUAGGGCAAACAGAACUUGAAGGCUGCAACUAUAGCCAUUAUAGACGAGUAUAUAUGGGAAGAAAACUUACAAGGCACGUACCGACUGUUAACUUUUUUUCAGUUAAAAUUUAACAUAGGUACUCAGUGGUUUUCUACUUCUGAAUAUGAUCGCGUAAGUUUGUUAUAAACCUAUUUCUUAGGUUUGGUUGUAUUUUGUUUGUGGGGUGUUCUUGUUAUGUUAAAAGUGCCCUAUCUGAUGUAGAUAAGUUUGACUAGGUAAACCUAGACGUUACUGGGGACUCAUAAAAAAGAAGUCCUCAAAAGUUGAUACACUUAAAAAUCAAUUCAGUAAUAAAUCAAAUCUGGUACAAUUUUGUGUGGACUUGGCCGUUACCUACCAUGGCCCGGCCAUACACUAGUGCACUGGUAAGUCGUUACCAAAUGCCAUGCAAAGUUAGCUUGGUUCGACUCUAUCACAUUUUGUGUUGACU